UGGAAGUACUGGGACACUUGCAAGUACACGUCAUGUAAGGGAAGAGAACGUUGUUGCCGAGUUACGCCCACUAAGUACGUUUAGAUGGACAACAAUACUCCGAUAUUAACCCGAUUAAGACAAUACUCCAAUUGAGAAACUACAGUGUAAACAGCGAUUAUUGAUGACCUUAAUCCGACUAAAGUCAUACUCGAAGUAAACACAAAUUGAAUUAAGACAUGUGGAGUAUUCCUGUUUUAGUCGCAUUAUGGAAGUGUAUUACAGACAUGUACACACCUUAAUCAUGCUAGUAACGUCGUGUGAGAGUUUUCACCGCAUUUAUGUGACAGGACACGAUCACACACGGCAGUGCACAACCGUUUGAUGGCAAACAAGAGAGCACGACUGCAUCCGAAACCGCGUACUUGCCUACUAUAUAGUAGGUAAGUACGCGGUUUCGGACACAGCAUGUAGCUUCAAUCAUUCGUCUAUUUGCACGUACAGCAUGACAAAUAAUUAACUGCACUCGAAGCUUUUGUAAAAUUAAAAAUGAAACACCCAAAACUGUAUACGAUACCAUAACGAAGACGAACUGUAUAUCAAUACGUGAAAUUCUGGAGGGAACGUCGGACGGCGUAGCGCGGUGACGUAAUGACGUGUAACGUUAAUCAAUCUAUGUUCUAUAACAUGUAAAACGGGAACAGGAAAGGAAUAUUCUAAAAGCAACUCAUGUAAACACCUUAAUCACAAUAUUGUCUUAUUCAGAAUAAGGUCAAUAAUUACAUUACUGCUGUCCAUGUAAACAUAGUCAUUGUCACCGUAAACAAACUCCUUGUUGCAUUUCAGCUUUUCUUCAUUUAUUAUCCCUUAGAUCAUUUCAUUUACCAUUCCCUUGAUGUAUUUUUCCACAUUUCAUUUACACCUCUCUAAAAUAAAGCAUCAGGGACAUUACGCUCGUUUCACAUGUUUUCAGGUUGAAUUUGGCGAAGCAAACCGUCACAAAACUCCUCCACCGCCGCGCAAGGAGUUGUGGGCCGUAUUAGCUGGAAAAGUGUCCAUGCAUCCACACUCCGAAAAUCUCCCAGAAAUAGUAGAUCAUACGCAAAACUUUUGGUACUCAUUUCAACAUAUUAUGAUUUGGGACACACUAACUCUAAUCUCGGGUGCUAUUAAGGGAGGAUAGUAGGUGAAUUGGAACGCAGCAGUCAUCUUCAGUUUCGAAGCAUUAUUAGUGCACUUGGUAUGACGGUUCAUUUCAUGGGAAAGUAGCUAAAGCAUUCUCAAAAAGUAGCCAGGUGAUAUCAUAGACUAAUUUGCAUAUUCAUUGAAUCAUUAUUGUCAUUUUUUUACCAAUAUGUGUUUAUAUGAAACAUUUCUUAAGACAAAAUAAUUCAAACCAAGAAAUGCAAAUGAAGCUGUGAUAAUGAGUAAUUGGGACAUAGACACAAGGAAACCAUUAUGGAUGGUAUAACUCGCUUUUACUACAUGUAAAUAUAACCAAUAAGAGAGUUUAAAGGAAGAAAAAAGCAGUGUUGGUGGGACAAACAACGUGGUCAAUGAUUGGUUGUUGGGAACAGUCGGGAUCAAUGAUUGGUCCUUGGAAAUAAUGGUGAUUGGUUGUUGGAAACAUUCGUGAUGAUUAGUAAUUGGUCAUUGGGAGCAAUGAUGAUAGAUGAUUGGUCUUUGGGAACAGCUCUGAUCAGUAAUUGGUCACUGUGAACAUUUCCUAAAUAGUAAUUCACUUUGGAUAAAAGCGUCUGCUAAAUGAAUAAAUGUAUAAAUGUGAACAAUGCUGAUCAGUGAUUGGUCAUUGUGAACAUUGGUGAUGGGUGAUUGGCCAUUGGGAACAGCUGUGAUCAGUAAUUGGUCAAUGGGAACAAUAGUGAUUGGUUAUUGGGAACAGUCAUGAUGAGUAAUUAUAUCUUGGCAACAAUGGGGAACACUGAUUGGUCAUUGGGAAUACUUAGGAUCAGUAAUUGGUCAAUGGGAACAAUGGUGAUAAGUGCUCGGUCACUGGGAACAUAGGCUUGUGCAAGCACAACUCAGUGAGGCUGAGCACGUUAGUGGUCAGUCAGUUGAACCUGCUCUCUCAGCUGUGACUGUUGCUUUCAGCCUCUACAGAUGGACGCUUCAUUGAGUUUUCACUGUGCAGUGUGUAGUCUUUAUAGGGAGUAAGCUGCUUUAUAGUGGUCACACUGUGUGGGUACAGCGCUAUGCACAGACUCACUUCACACGUUCGUGUACUCCUGGGGGCAAUGUAUAGAAGUGAAUCAAACUACACACACUUAUUUAAUCACGCAUUACAGAUAAUUAGAUAAUUGACUGGAAGGUAGUUUGUCAGGAAAGAUACUGAUGAACUUUGAUUUAAACCUCAGACUCUGUUAGUGAUAGCUGUUGGUCAGACUCAACUAGGUGUCAUACAUUAUUGUUAAGAAAUAUAUUGUUAGGGUUUUGUUUUUUUUUAAAAAAAUAUAAAAGAUACAUUAUAAACAAACAAGCUGUUUCUGGUUUGUUUUUGUUUUUUUUUUGGGAAAAUGAAAUAGUUUGUUAAUAAACUGUUCAUGCUGACAAUAUUGAAGCUAAUGUGCUUACUGUUUAAAUAGUAACUAAUCACUCCUAUGUUUUUCUCAGGUCUUGUGAGUUGAAUGCAAAAUCUCCAGCCGGUUUCUGCUGAAGGUGUAGCACAGCAACAAGACGGAAAGAUGUCUGACGCCCUCGUCGUCACCUUCCAAUCCCAGCUCUCUAUCGUCAUGGAGACAAUUCUCAAGUCAGCCAUGAUUGAGAUCACCAGGCUGGUGGAAGACAGCUUCAUAGAGGAAGUGGCACGUGGCAAGCAGGAGGUGGAACUGCUUCUGCGCAGGCUGCAGUUUUCUGAGAGCAAACUGAAGGAGAAGGAGACGAGGGUACGAUGUACAGACUGUGGAAGAGCCACAGCCAGUGGAGAGAGGACUACGGAGAAACCAGCAGAGACACUCACAGGUGAAGAUGCUCUAUGCUUCAGGCUUAGCUUGAGGGAGCAGUCUGAAAAAAGGCCUCAGUUCAGUGAAGUCUGGAGGUCUACAGAGAGUCUGGACUCCUACAGAACUAGAGAAACGCACAGUGAUAAAGAGAAGAACAUAAACGUGCUUGAAAAAAGAGGGAAGCAGGAAUCCACAUCUACUCCAGAAGUGCAACAUCCUCAGUGCAUCAAUGCACCGGUCACAAGGACCCUCGAGGCCUGUAGCAACCCCAAACCCAGAGAAAGUCACUGCAAGACACCUGUCAUGGACUUCACUCCAAGUAAAGACAUUGACUUGGCCCAGUCUCGAACCGUUCCAAGUGCUACAGAGGAAGACGGGGCACGCGAGUUGGCACCGUCUCCAUCGUAUCCCACUGUGAAAUCUGAGCGCCAUCCCGAUCCGGUCGCUAUUAAAGAAGAAGAAGAGAUGUUCCCAGUGUGGGAUUGCGGAGAUGACUGCGCUCCUGCAGAAACAGACCAGAAUCUCGCCGGAUCCUGGAGUCGAGAUGAAACACAGGUAGAUAACUUUCCAAAUCUAACUGCUCUCAACAUGCCAGAUCCAUCAUCACAUUUAAUGUCCUAUUCAGUGAAUUGUAACACAGAGUUAUCACAAGGCAUCAAGGCUGAGCCUAGUGAGUCAGUCACCACAGAGCUGGUUCACCUUGCUUUGGCUCCCAUGCCUGAGGGAUCCAGUUCAUUUGACCAUAAUGAAAAUGGACACUUGUUUGGUCCAGAAAGUCUUUUGAGUCAUCCAGAGCUUUGUCUAGGUGAGAAACUUUUCCUCCCUUUCCCCCAAAGCGAACACCUUCCAAUUCCCACUGAAAAGCCACACUAUGGAAAAGCGUUUGCUCAAGUGGCUCAGCUGAAGGUUCACAUGCUAACACACCAAGCGAGCAAACCCCUGAAGUGUCCCCAAUGUGCCAAAACAUUCGCUCGUGAUUUUGAGCUGAAGGACCACCAGAAGCAGCACUCCAAAGAAAGGCCUCACGUCUGCCCAGACUGCGGCAAAGGCUUCACGCGCUUCAGCAACUUCAAGCAGCAUCAGAACAUCCACACGCGCGAGAAGCUCUUCAACUGCACCCACUGCGGCAUGAGGUUCAAAAGAUCCACUCACUUGAGAAUCCACCUCAGGAGACACAGCCGAGUGGGGAAGAGUUGUCCUUGCCGUCAGUGCGGGAAGACGUUUGUGUGCCUCAAGCAGCUGAAGGGCCAUCUGCUGAAAGUGCACGGGACGGAAAUGAACUGAAUCGCACCUUCCAGUCCACAGAUCUCCACAUGCAUGACCUGAACAGUCCCUUCAGUCUGUCUGUCUGAGCUUGCCCUUGCUUCAGUUUUAUGUCUCAAAAUGAGCAAUUACAGAAAACACAGAGUAGGUACAGAAUUCUGAUGUAAUAAUAAACCAUAAACCUUUUUUUUUUUAUUAACACUUCUUUUCUGAAUAAAUAAAAAUAGUUUCACUAAACACGCUAAUGAUAAACACGUGAAAAGCCUGAUGUUAUUUGUAUUCUGAAGAAUUUCACUUUGAGUUUCACGCCUGGUUUGUCUUACUUCUUGUGAGCGGGGACUUUUUCUCCAGAAAGUACACUCUUACAAUUAGAAGAGCCAGAAGUGGUUCUUUAGCUAUUUUUGCAUCCAGGAAAAAAUCCCUCAGCACAAUUUUUUUUAAAUGUAUACAAUAGUUUAUUAAUUCAUCUUCAGUAAGCUUCGGAUCCAAACCCUGUCCUGAAAACAUGAGGCAGGAAUACACCCUGGAUGGGACACCAGUCCAUCACAGCGUGCACACACACACACACACACACACACUCAUUCUCACAAACGGUGGCAAUUUAGAGUUGUCACUCCACCCACUGGCAUGUUUUUGGCAGGUGAGAAGAAACCGAAGGAAACCCGGACGCACACGUGGAGAACGUGUGAGACUUCACACAGACAGUAACUUGAGCUCCAUCAGCCGAGGAGCCUGGCUGUGUGAGAUGGCAACCCAGUGUGUGCAAUGAUAUUUGACUCUAUUGGAAGUAUAAAGCUUUUUGUUUAUUCACUAAAAUAUUCAAAAUAUUUUUAUUUAUAGACCUUCUUUUUCGUGGGGUUAUUAAGGUGUGGAUUAAACCCACUGAAUUCAUGUGACCAGACUAAUAUCUUUAAAUCGAUAAUAAUAUAGAGCUUUUUCUAAUGGUAAGUUGUGAUUUUCUCAGCUGUAACCCAAGCGUAAAAAGUCGUGGCUCCACUGACUAUGGACUUUCCCCAGACCCCACCUUGAUACCCAUGGCUUUAAAGUAACGGACCAGAAAAGAACCUUUUUAUUUAAUUAAAGACCGUUUUGGUCCACGAGUCUUUAGAUCAGUGGUCACCAACCCUGUUGUUGAUCUACCUUUCUACAGGGUUCAUCUCCAAACAAAAUCUAACACACCUAUUUUAGCUGAUCAAGAACUUCUUACAGCAGUGAUUAGAUUGUCAGGUGGGCACGAUUACGGUUGGAGCUAAAUGAAUGUCUUCAUGAAGGUAGAUUUCCAGGAACAAUGUUGCUGAACACUGCUUUAGACAUUUGUUGCUACAGUAAACUAAAUAAUCAUUUUUCCGCCACAGAUUUCAUUUUUCAUAAUGCUAGCAUUUCAGAUGGGAUUUCUUCCCCCAUCCAUUUUCCAUGGCACCAACCGAAAUGGUUCUUCUAUGGCAUUGCUCUAAAGAGCCUUUCCCAACAUCUUUAUUUCUAAUACUGUAUCAGGUGUGAAAUUAUUCUACACAUCGAUCUCUAUUCUGUUGAAAGAUGCUUUUUAACCAAAGCAACUUUCUGAGGCAGAAAUGCUGUGAUAUAGGUUUCCACCAAGCGAACAGAAACAAAUGUGCAGGAGACGUACCGCAGAAGAACCGAGAGCAUCACAGCUAAUUACACCCACAGACACAGGACUCCUGCGUAGACAUAAAUCAGAGGCAGAUUAGAGCUCAGGGUGUUCACAAGUGCUCUCAGAAGAUAAUAAUAUAAUUAUUAUUAAUAUCAAUUGUCUGGAAGGUUGCAUGGGAAUCUGCAGAGUGAAGAUCAUGAUGAACUGUGUUGUGUUCCAGACACUUUACUGCAGAAACCCUUUGAACUGUUCAUGUAAUGUGCUUGUUUGUUUUUUUGAGGUGGGUUUUCAUAUCAAUCUGAAGAUUGAGCAUAAAGCUAAAUCCAGAGCUGCACAAUUAAUGACCACUAUUUUUGGCUUUUUCAAUAAAAUAUAAUCAACUGCUGAGCUUUGCUUAAAAAAACACACAAAAAAAAAACGAUCUCAUUGAUUAACAUUAGUUAAGUCAUAAUAUCAGGUUGUUUAUUUAUUUAUUGUAUAAAGAUAAUGUGUUUUCACUUCCUGUUUGCUUGCAUGCUGUGCUGGCAUAUUUAUGUAUUCAUUCAUUUUGAGGCUGACUGUGUUUCUGCUUGGCGUUUAUUUUUAAAAGAACAGUCUUCUUUUGAAUUUAGGGAUGUGACGGAAGAUAAGAUUGUACAGUGUACAGUAUGACCAUUUUUGUCGUUGUUGUUGAUUUAAAUGAGAAACGAAUCAAUUGUAAUAAAGCUAUUUUGCUCCUAAAUUGGCUGAAUAACUGUGAUAAAUAAGCAGGAUUUCAACCUGGAGUACAAGAACUGAUUACGUUUGUAAUGUAGUCGUUAUCUUGCGGCCCCUAGCGAACUCCAUUAAGCACCGAUGGUGUGUUUUGUGGAGCUAUACCACAAGUAAACCGAUGAAAAGGAACUUGGACGAACAGCAAACUGCUGAUGUCUGUCUGCAGCCGUUAGGUUGGUAAUGCUGCGGAAUUAAAAGGCAUCUCGGCUCAUUUUAGUUUAAGACUAAGUGUAAUUGAAACGAGGCUAACAUUCUUCUACCAAAAAAACAAAUCUGCUGUAGAAUCUAUACAAACGGGGUUAAGUCAAGAUUACGUAUCCUAAAAUAUUUGAAUACAGGCAAAUGAAUAUACUUGUACUUUUACUGGAUAUUUGACCAUGCUUUUUAUUUCUUUCUUUUUACAGUGAUACUCUUUCCACAUCUAUUUGUGAAAAGAUGUUUUUGUUUUAUGCAUAUUUAAUGUCGUGCGAUGUUUUUAAGCUCACCGGAGAUACUCCUUUCGACAAACAAAGAAAGCAGAGUGAAAGAUCGUUGUAAUAGUCUGUGCUUUGCACCUCAGCAACAGCAGGAGACACUAAUGCUCUUCAGACUUUCUAAACUCCAUUCAUUCGAUUCCUGCGGUCUGUCGUUUAUCUGUGAGCUUUGCCUCCUCUCCUGUGUUCACCGUCUCACCAAGUGGCUGACCUUCAUGUGAAUAGAAAUGAAAUAAAAAUAAAAGUUUUUUCAUCCUAUUGUUUGCCUCAGCUUCCUGCCUGGUCCAUCGUGUUCAAGGCAUGAAAGCACGUUUUCUGAACGAUAAUUACAAUUUUUCAGAUUCAGUCACAACUCAUGAGCAGGCUUUGAAGCAUCAUUUAAGUAGCACAACUUUUUGAAGUUGAUGAAAAGUGCCUGGAUGUGCUUCCAGAAUGUUCCAGAAUCGAAUACUGACUCAGUUUUGUGCAUGUAUGUAUGUGUGUGUGUGUGUGUGUGUGUGUGUGUGUGUGUUGUAGAUGACCCAAAUGCAUCCUGAAACUUCUCCGACAGACUUGGUCAAAAUGUGCACCAUAAACAGACAGAGAACAUUCAGUGUAAGUUCUCGUUUCCAUUACAUUGCAAUUAUUUUUGGUGUUUAUAUAAAUAAUAAUCAAAUUAUUUUUCUCUCUCCUGUAAGCAGGUGGUGGCCAGAGAGAUCCUGACCCAGUUCCAGGUUUGGCAGCGGGCCUGCUACAGUAGAAACAUUGAAUGGGGCCCAAUUACAGCAAAGGUU